GUACAAUACAUGCUUUCAUACCAUCCGUAUCAGCUCACGACUUUGAAAGGCAAAUCAAAGUGGGAACUGUGAACAUCAUCACAGGUUUCACAGUGCAAGCAUACAAGGAUUCAGAUAAGUUCAGAGUUGUGCACGGUGCAGUCCAACUGAUAUUUUCUAAGGAUACGAAAAUACAACAAGUUGAUGACAAAGGAACAGACAUUGCAACAGAGAUUUUUGAUUUCUAUGACCACAGUCAAGUGAAAGAUCAUGCUGACCAGACGGAUUUCUUGAUAGAUGUUAUCGGGAUCAUGACAGACCAUGAAGUCCAUGUAAAUGAUAUCACAAAUAGGCAUAGAGUACGCCAAGAGCAGGCCAAGUUUGUCAUCACUGAUGGAAGAUCAAAUCUGAAGAUUACUUUGUGGGAUCAGUAUGCAAAAGAUUUUGUUAAAGCAGUUUGGGAGAAAGUGGAAACUCCUGUCAUCUUAAUUCUUGCCGGUUGCAGAGUAUAGCUUUGGAACAAUGAACCAAUUAUAACACAUGUAGCAGCUACAAAGUACUAGUUCAAUUACAAUCAUCACAGUGUGAAGCAACUUAGGAUGAUGCUUUCUGAACCUGAAUUUGCAAAAGCAGUUCGAUCCACAAACCCAACAAGGAAAGCAGAACUGUUGACAAUUGAAGCAAUUAAAGCUUUAGGCCCGGACUUUAUUCAGAGACAAGUGCUCGCUCAUGUCAACAUCAUCCAAGUAGACGAGAACCAGAUUUGGAAUAUUAUGGUCUGCACAUCGUGCGAUCUUGAACUUGAAGCCAAAGGAGUCCUAUACAUCUGCUCUGCAUGCCAGAGGAUUGUGCCAUACCCUGAAAUAAGAUUUCGUUUGGUUGUGCUUGCUUCGGACUUGAGUGGAACAAUUCAAGUUGUACUACAUGAUCGAGAGAUUAGACAGUUAAUUGGCAAGAGAGCACGCCAGGUUGUCCAAGAGAAUUCUGUUACUGGGAAAUUUCCACAAUGCUUCCAGCUUAUGGCUAUGAAACCAUAUACCAUCAAACUGACACUGAAUGAAGCCAACCUUGUGAUGAAAAGUAUUUUGUACUUUGCAACAAAUAUCUGUCAUGGCUUUAAGAUGGAGGAGACAAGAGAAAUUGUACAGCAAACAACAACCACAAAUGACUUUCAAGCUACAACUUCCAGUACUCAAAUACCAGAGCUUUCCAACCUCAAUUGUGAAUCCUCAGCAGCAACAAAAGAAUGAACAACAACAACAGCAACUUAAGUUUCAGCUUGGUCAUUAGACUACUUUUGUAAUGGUGAUGUUUUCUUUUCCAGUUAAAUAGCAGGUUCAUUAGAUUACCCUGCAACAAUCAAGACUUUAACAUUUUGCUAAUCAGUUACAUUUGUGGAAUCAAAUGUA